AUGACCAGCGGAGGAGGAAGUGAACUGAAAGAUAACCAAUGGAAUGUUUCCAACUACAAGAAUGAGAAACUAGUGACAUUGAAUAAAGUAGAACUGAACAAUGCUGUGAAUAUAUACAACUGUGAAGGAAGCACAAUUUUAAUCGAAAAUGAGAAAUUCAAAUCGUUAACGAUUCAAAAGUGCACUAAAUGUAAUGUGGUUCUUAAGAACUUAAUAUCAUCCAUAGAAAUAAUUGAUUCUAAGAAACUGAAAAUUCAAGUAUUAGGAAAAUGCUCUUCUAUUUCAAUUGAUAAAUCUGCUGGUGUGGAAAUUUACCUUUCUAAAGACAAUACUGAAUCCGAAUUUACAACUGCUCUCUCAUCAGAAAUGAAUGUUCAUAUAGAAAAUGAUAAACAAGAAUGGAAGGAAAUUACUAUACCUGAACAGUAUCAACAUACAUUGACCUGUGGAAAGCUUCUAACACGAGUAUCUGAUUUGUAUACUUUUUGA